AUGGUGCGAUCGGAAGAGCCAGAGAAGAAGCCGGCGGCCGCGCCGCCGCCGGAGCGGGCGGGGAAGUCCUUCCGGCUGCGGAGUUCCAGCCUGAACACCAUCCGGCUCCGGCGGGUCUUCGACCUCUUCGACCAGAACGGCGACGGCGAGAUCACCCUGCCGGAGCUGGACCGGGCCCUGGCUCGGCUUGGCCUGGAGGAAGGUGGCGCCAAGGAGCUGGAAUCGGCAGUGACCGCCUUCAUCAAACCCGGCCAUGAAGGGCUGGGCUUCGAGGACUUCACAGGGCUCCACCAGUCCCUCGGGGAUGCCCUCUUCGGGGUGGCGGUGGCGGAUGAGGAGGCGGCGGAGGUGGAGGAGGAACUCGCGGAGGCGUUUAGGGUUUUUGACGAGAAUGGCGAUGGGUUCAUCUCCGCCAAGGAACUACAGUCCGUGCUGGGGAAGCUCGGUCUGUCGGAGGGGAGGGAUAUCACCCGCGUCUGCGAGAUGAUAUCCUCCGUCGAUCGGGACCACGACGGCCGGGUGGACUUCUCCGAAUUCAAGAACAUGAUGGUGUCCAUCUCCGCCAGGAGCUCCUGA